GUGUGUGGUUGUGGAGUUGCGUCGUUUUGUCGAAAUAAUUAGCUCGGCGAGGAGAAUUUGCAAAUGGAGGUGGUUUUUCUCUGAACAACGGCAGGGGGAGAAAUCGUUAUGUCUGAGGCUCUUUAUGGAAAGUUCCUAGCCCCCGAGGAGCCGUUUCCACUGCUAUCACAGCGAGGGAACUUCAGUGAGGCAGGCACUUUGGAUGUCAGUGACUUUGGCUUUCAGUUGUCCUCUUGUCACCGGACAGACCCUCUGCGCCGCUUCCAUAGUAACAGAUGGAACCUGACUUCCUGUGGAACGAGUGUGGCCAGCUCAGAAUGCAGCGAGGAGCUGUUCUCCUCCGUCUCCGUGGGAGACCAGGAGGACUGCUACUCCCUCCUGGACGACCAGGAAUUCACCUCCUUCGACCUGUUCCCAGAGGGCAGCGUCUGCAGCGACGUGUCCUCCUCUAUCAGCACUUACUGGGACUGGUCAGACAGUGAAUUUGAGUGGCAGUUGCCUGGAAGCGACAUAGCCAGUGGAAGUGAUGUGCUCUCUGACAUCAUACCCAGUGUUCCCAGCUCCCCAUGCCUUUCCUCCAAGAGAAAGACCAAACCACAUAGAAAUAUGGAUGAGCUCCCCUGGAGUGCUAUGACCAAUGAUGAACAGGUGGAAUAUAUUGAAUAUUUGAGCAGAAAGGUCAGCACGGAGAUGGGGCUACGAGAGCAGUUGGAUAUCAUCAAGAUCAUUGACCCGUGUGCACAGAUAUCCCCCACAGACAGCGAGUUUAUCAUCGAGCUCAACUGCCUGACUGAUGAGAAACUGAAACAGGUGAGAAACUACAUCCGGGAGCACAGUCCACGACUGCGCCCCUGCAGCACCCGGGACAGUUGGAAGAGGAGUGGCCACAGCAGUGCUAGCACCAGCGGGGUGAGUGGGGCCAGCAGCAGCAACGCUAGCAUGGUCAGCAGUGCCAGCAGCUCCACUGGAUCCACAGGCUCCACCGGCAACUCUGCCUCCAACUGCAGUGCGGCUAACAUCAGCCACGCCCACAGCGACGGGAACCUGUCCAGUGCUGCUGAGCGGAUCCGGGACUCCAAGAAACGUCUAAGCAGAGAAAGCUGCAGCAGAAAGCUGCGUAAGAGACAACUGAAGGAGCAGAGACAGGCCCGCAAGGAGAGGCUGAGUGGCCUCUUCCUCAACGAAGAGGUGCUGUCACUCAAAGUCACAGAGGAGGAGGACCGUGGAGAAGAUGUCGUUGACGUCUUGAUGUGACAAGAGUGAAUGAGUCAGUGUUCCUUCUAAGCCCCACAAUAACAUCUUCCACAAACGUCGCAGGUGGUCCCACAUCCUAGAGCCUAGUUUACGUUGAAGCGAAGCUGCACUAUUGGAAUCAGUCUGGAGUUAUUUUAUGUCCUUAGAACUGGACGCCUGCACAGAAUUCUAAAAACUGAAGCAAUUUAUCUUAAUGUAUAAACAUUGAGAGUAUUUUUCUGAAAAUGAGUAUUCAAGAAAAACUACCAAGAUUAACUUGAUGAUUCUGUGAUUAACUUAAUGUUGAAGGCAUAGAGGGAACACUGAAUCAAUGCAUGGGAAGUCAUCACCGUUGGCAUUAUGGUGAAUUAACAGUUGACAUUAUGAGUUGUAAAUGCUAAACAUAUUUCCAAUGGCUUCUUAUUGUAUAUAAAUGCAGGUAAAUCAUAAAGAACCGUUUUUACAUUAAGUUUCCCCUUAAGUUAAGGCCUACAUGUUCAUAAACACAACAGGGUUAAGUGGUGAUACAGACUUGGCCUCUAACAAAUACAUUGUCGAAGGUGAUUUAAUAAGUCACAGGAAUCUGUUUUGUUUUCUUCUUUUCCUUGUGUGUAUUUUGUGCAUGGGGGGGUAGACUUGAGAACUAAAUGUAAAAUAAUGCAGCUAUCCAGUGCAUUGCAAAUGAGAGAGAUUCCCAUAUUGAAUGCUAUUGAACUGUAUUAUGACUGCAUGUUCUUUAGAUGGGAAGGUAUUUUUUGACAUCUUUGCUUACUCUCCUUGGAUGUUGUGGUGGACCCCACCCUGUGGAGCGACAGUAUUUACUCUUUCAACAUGAACACAACACUAACUACUGUACAUUAGAAAAUGUAUUUACCUAAAGAAGCUUUAUCACCUGUAUACGUCGCUUUGUCUUUUUCCUGUAUAAAGUUACCCUUUUGAGUAAUUAUAAAAACAAUAUAUUAGAUCAACUAGAUGUUGUGAGUAGAUCUUUAUUUUGAAUAAAUAAAUGAAUAGCCCUGAAAUACCAUUCAUUCGGUGGAAAAAAAGGUUGCUGCACCAAGUUAGGGAGUAUUCAUUGCUUGCUUUCUUGGGUGUCCAAUUUCAAGUUGCUGUAUAUGCCACCGCAAUGUAUUUUUGACGUGAGCGAGAUAUUGGGAAAUGUAGUUGCAGAACAGAAGCAUACCAGACUGCGUUUUCUUUCUGUGUGAUCUACUCAAUAAUGCAAUGCAAAAUGAGAAAUAAAUUGUCAUCGACGCAUCAAAUUUUC